AUGAGUGUGUGGAUUGAUGUCAGAAUAGCCGACCCACAUAUCCAUGUGCCAAGAUGCACAAGGAUAACUAGUUUUUCAGUGCUAGAUGAUGGAGAUGGAUUUGACAAAACUAACACGAUCUCGUUCGUCAUAAUCAACCCAGCCUCAGACUUGCAACUGGAAGCAGGAGAUAUUAUCUAUGUCAUCCGAAGCCCCGUCAAAGAAGACGCGAAGAGCCACAGAAUAAAUCCAAGACGUGGCCUACGACGCGAACGUAACGUCCAAGAAUCUACUAUAGACGACACCGCAAGAGACGGUAGUCAAGUAGCUGUAAAUAUUGAAUCAUAA